AUGGCUCCUCGAGACAACCACUUCGGGCAUCUCGAUGCCUGUUCCUGUCGGGAAGUGGUCUUCUGUCAUGCCUGCUGUUUUGAAUGGUAUCGCGACGACUAUGGCUUGAUGUGUCCAUAUUGUGAAAACGACAUAACAGAAAUUGUGAACCCAGAGAAUGACCCGCGACGUAUAGACACUGUGUCAAACUUGGCAUCGCCAGAACUCCUCCCCCUCCCCUCCGCAGAAGACUCGGGUACAGAUGAAGCUUACAUUGAAGAGCACCUGGACCUGCGCGACUUUCACUUCCGCAGAAGUACUCGAACUGGCCCGGCAAAUAGACACCAGGCUCCAUACAUUGAUUCAGUGUUGCAGCUGGUGCUAGACAUGGCUCAAAGAUUCAGUCAACUUCGACAAAAUGAAGGCAUGAGUCUAUUCCCUCGUUCAGACUACGGAUCCUACGCACCACGGAUCCAACGUCAUAUAUUCACGUCUGGGCCACCCGGUGGAGAAACCGGGUACGUUACGAUAUUCUCUGGCCCAGUCUAUGGUUCCCACAGCGCCAGCAGUAUUGUUGGUGAAGACCACCCCAACCGGGGGAGUAUUGAUCUCUUUCAAGCCUUGUCCAAUGCUAUCCGGGAUAUGUUACGGCCCCAAGGGGCAGGCGAAGUUGGCCCUCAACUUGGAUAUGCUGGACGCUUACAAGAGACUUUAAACCGUGUUAACCCGGCCAAUGCCACGACGCGCGAUGCUGUCUACUCUCAAGAGGCGCUUGAUCGGGUCAUUACCCAGCUUAUGGAAGCCAACUGGCAGUCAAGCGCUGCUCCACCAGCGUCCCCUGCAGCUAUCAACAACUUGGAGCGCAGAACUGUGGACAGGGAACUCCUUGGACCUGAGGGCAAGGUGGAAUGCUCGAUUUGCACAGAUGAAAUGAAGUCCCACGACAUGGGCCGUCUAAGAGGGCAAAUAGAACAACCUGCACUCAGAUCACCGCUCUGGAACGUAUCAAUCAUCCGAACAUCGUCACAGGUGCUGACUCCGAGAGCAUCAUGCCUCGUCGAUAAUGUUCAGCUGCUUCGUCGAUCGGCCGAAGACGCGAAACGCGACGCCAGGCAAUGGGCAGCGUCAGCUGGCGACACUGACUUCUCGGUUACACAUGCCGAUGAUGAGGGAGAAGGUGAGGGCGAUGAAGAGGCCGCCUCGGUUCACGAGUCUGACAGCAUCGGUAACACAACGCGUCUAAUUUACGUCAUAAGAAGUGCACUGGGGUCCAACCAGAUCACUGCCGGUUCGCCGGAGCUCAUGGCAACAAUGAAGCAGCUCUGCCACUUCCAGCUAUCAGCGCAGAGCUCGGCUGGUGGGCUCUACGCCACCGUAAUACCCGAACAAGGAGAAAGACAGAUCGGCAUACACGGAGGAAAUUUGUCCGGGGCCAAUAUACCACCGCAGGAUCAGGUCAAAGCCAUCAAGUCGCAACAGAUAUGUGCCUCCAGAGAGAGGGAACGGAUGAUCCAGGGCAUACAAAAUAUGGCGGUGGCCCACAAAACCGAGCAAGGUAUGGUGAUGCGAAAUGUGCUCAGUGGUUUCGGCGAGGAGGAUAUUGAGAUGAGGGGAGGAGCGGACUUGGAAGAAAGCACAAUCGCCCUCCUGAUCAUAUGCCGCCAGCUCGAUGUGAUACAACGCGGCGCCAGAGGCGAAGUCUGUCAGCUCUGUCAUUUUGUUGGGGGAGAAGGUGGCACGGGGAAGUCACGAGUCAUCGAAACGCUCGUUGAGCUCUUUGCAUGCAAAAGAAUAUCGAACAGUCUCUUGAUAACAGCGACUUCGGGGACGGCGGCAUCGCGAAUUAACGGCAUCACGAUCCACUCCGCCUGCGGGUUUUCCAAGGACCAAGCAGCAGGCACGAGCAUGGCCAAGGAUCUCGACGGCGUACGACUGGCGAAAGUGACGGAGCGAUUUAUUCAUGGCCAAACUCGAAUGGACUGGCAAGAGAAAGACCUCCUUGUCGUCGACGAGGUGAGCAUGCUGGGAGCCCAGAUGCUACGCGCGGUGAACGAGCAGCUCCGCCGACUCCGCGGCUCACAUCAAGACUUUGGGGGGAUCCCUAUCGUGCUCUUCUGCGGAGACUUUCAACAGUUCCGCCCAGUACAUGACAGGUCAAUCCUUUUGCCGAGCGUGGCCAUCUCGUGGGACGAAGACAACUCGUUCAAGGCCGAGCAACGACACCAACACGACAAGGCACAUGCGCUAUGGAAGAAAUUCACGACUGUCGUCAUGCUGGACGAACAAGUUCGCGCCGCCGGGGACCUGGAAUUGCAGCGCUUGCUGAAACGGAUUCGAUUGGGCGUGCAGGACAAAACGGAUCUGGAUCUCCUCAACUCAAGGUACUACCGAGAAGCUAAACGGAUUCCGUGGGAAACAGGGAUCACCGUGGUGACGCCACUGAACAGGAACCGGUGGAACCUCAACAUGGAGGCAGCUUUGUCAUUCCAGAUGCAGGAGCGGUCGAUGCGAAUCUUCUUAUCACAGCAUAAGUGGAACAAUGGACGGCGGACGGCGGAAGAAACCACCAUGAUGCUAAACCACGGGGACGAGAGUGCGAUACCAGUACCAGGGGUCUUCAUGUUCGUACCAGGGAUGCCUGUGGUCGUGAAUCGCAACACGCAUCAGGGCUUGAAGCUUGUCAACGGUGCCAGUUACACUGGGCUGGAGGUCAUCCUCGACAAGGCAUAUCCAGGACAUCGGAUCUCGGCCGACACGGUGAUCCACUUCGGACCACCAGCCGGGAUAAUUCUGGAGUCAGAAACGACAAAGGAUGUUCACUUCGUCGGGAUGCCACCAGGCACGAUGCUGUUGACGCCCGUGAGCGUCAUGAUACGGCGGCAGCGUAGUCGGCCGUGGCAGCAGAAGGACGUUAGUCGGAAAGGGCUGCCAUGCGCGGCGGCGUUCGCGUGCACAGAUUACAAAGUGCAGAGCAGGACGCUGGAGCGCGUAGCUCUGGAGCUGCGAGGGACGCGCACGACAACGGUCGACGGGCGCGUGGUGCCCUCGCAGUGCGAUCCCUACAGCCUGUAUGUGCAGCUAUCACGGUGCCGGUCAUUAGAUGGCAUGAUGCUCAUCUCGAAGGUGCGGGAAAGAGAUAUGGUGGGCAACCGGGUCCCACAGGCAAUGACUACGGCACAGGGCAGACUGGAUGAAUUGAGCACCAGAACAAUCGAAGAGGCACAGCGGUGGCUUGGUAAUGAUAAGGCAUGA